AUGCCCUGCUUCAAAGGGCUCGCCGUUAGUAUACACACUCCGGACGGACCGCUACCUGAGUACUCGAUCCAGCGCCAGUCCCGAGCCUCGCGUAUCACAUCUUACAUCCCCGUACCGCCGCCUAAGAUCCCGGAUACAGCUGGUGGAAAACCGGAGCAGUCUACUUUUGCCAUCUCCAUCACCCUAUUGAAUCCGGGGCAAGAUGUGCCGUACUCGGCUGGAAAGCCGACGCCUGAUAACCCCCACCCCAAGCCCAAAGUCGUCGGUGGCCUCCCGGGACAGACGGAGCAGCGCGGUCUCUAUACCAGCACGGUUGCGCCGUAUCAAGCUUUGACCAAUUCUCCGAACGAAACCGUCGCCGCUUACAUCUACUUCGACGGCCGACAGAAGGAGGAGGUCGCUACCCUGCUUCGGCGGGGGGAGGAGACCUGGGUGAACUCGCGAUGGGUCAGCGUUCCAGAGUCGGAGGGCGGUGGACUUGCAGAGCGAGAGUUUCUUUUCCGCGAGGUCGGACUGGAAAGAUGGCUUAAUGGUUUGGAUUUGGAGGGCAAUAAGGACGCGGCAGCGAAGAUCGAACGGAGACGCCAGAAAAUGGAGAAACGCAGGGCCAAACGCGCAUUAGAUGGCAACAACGAUCUGGAUAUGGACGAUAAGAAGCGCGAUAAGGGUGUUAUGCGAUAUGGCAAUGAUACCAGGUCGCCGUUGGAGGAUGUUUCCGACGAUGAUGUUUCGCUCGCAAGUUCCGACGAUGACCCAGUUCCGGAAUCUACGGGCCAGAUCAAGGUCGCUCUCUUCCGUGUUCUAGCUUCGGGAGAAAUCAAACGAGGAGAAUACUCGCCCCAAUUCGAUGCUCAUGACGAUGACGAGGAUGGCCAGGGAGGUCAGGGCGGUGGUGACGAGGAUAUCGACCACACUACUAGUUUUGCGAAGCCCAAAACACUCGACCCGAAGUCGAUCAGCACGCAGACAGUCACUGGGAUUGACCCGUCUGACAAGCCAUAUGCGAUCUUCACCUUUAUGUACCGGGGAGAACGACAACUACAGAAAAUGGGCAUCUUGAAAGACUCCAAAUCGCAAGAGACCCCUGGUUCAGCCAAACGCCGAUCGCAGCAGCUUGAUUUCGCUAACCUUGGCCCGCUAAAACCUGGAGGAACAGUGGGUUUUCUGAAUUUCCGGGACAACACUGAAGGGCGACGGAAGAGCAAGAAGGACAAAGGGGUGGUGGACGACGAUGAUAUGGACAGUGAUGACGAUGAAGACGACCGGAUACUCAACCAGGCAGACGAGGAAGAAGACAAGGAAGAUGACCAACACCUCUCCCCGGAUGAUAUUAGACGACAGGGCGAGCUGGCAGAGGGCUUGCGACAGAUCAAGCUUAAACGCCAACACUCGGCCGCGUCGCUUGCCGGCAGCUCUCGUCGGGAUACGGCAAGUCCCAAGACAACCGGAGCCACUCCGACAUCAACGAACACUUCCACAACUCCUCCGGCGGCGACAGCAACCUCGGCGCCCACGACCACCGGGACAUUGGAAGGGCAGUCGACGAAUACGUUGAACGGCGAGGAAUUCCUUGGCAGCCCGCUUAAGAAGCAGCGUCCCAGUGUCUCGCAAGCAGACGAAUCUUUACUUCGACAAAGGAUGGGAUCAGGACUCUCGCAACAAAUAAGCGAUGUGUUAGGCAGCGGUGCUCAGAGCGGCAGUGUCACAAAUAACUCAAAGCCUCCACUCGGCCCUAGUCAUGAUGAAUCUCUACAAUCUCCCAAAACGAUGAAUCCACCUGACAGUGUGGACGAGGAGCUUUAG